UUAUUAAUCAUCAUCUAUUUCUUCAUUAUUCAUUGAGUUCUGUAAUUUCGUUUUUCAACGUGCGGUAAAUUAAUAAAAUUUCUAUAACUCAAGUAAAACUUGGGAUGGAAAAAAAUUGAUUAACGUCGCUAAAUUAGCGGAUGACACAGCGAAAUUUCAGUCGGUUUGACCCCCUGUGAAGAUUUCACCUGCGUGUGGUCGGAAUCAGGUUAACGAUAAAUAUUUAUUUGUUCUAAGUAACCAAGGAGGUUUGGGAUUCAGGAUUAAAAAGUGUUACAAGAUCAACGGUAUAUUGUAAAGAGAAUAUAUUCGGUGGUGGGGGGGGGUUUAUAAAAUAACAAAUAUUUCCACAUCUUAGAUCCCACAGUGAGCCUCACGUGUUUGGAUAAUAUUAAAAAAUAAGACUUGUAAAUCACGAGAAGCGUUUUUAUGACGCAGAGUAAAAACUCCACAUUCGAGUAGCCUAUUUCAGAUGACUCGGCAUACAGACGCAUAUCUCUGGCGUUGCAUAAUUUGUAUCAACAGAUUAUGAUCAUCGUACAGUUGAUAGAGCGAUCGAACACGGAUGCGGAAGAGAACAAAAAACUUGACGCUCUGUGAUGUUUACCCAUAAUUGUUUCAACCAUCAAUUUCAUUCUUUCAAUUUACUGUACACUUUAUUUUUAGCUGUAUACGUAAGACUGCGCUCUGAUAAAUUCUCGCGCAAUUGCAUUCACCGUGGAUAUCAAAAUAUGCUGUGUGCAUAAAAGAUGAUACCCUUUUUUUUUUUCUUCGCUUCUUUCUCUAACCGAAUGACGCAGGUAUCUGGUCUAACUUUUUGCUCAGUUGUGCGGAAGUUUUGUGCAAACAGAGCUCACGUAAUUGUUGGUCGCUCGCUGUGAUCAGUGUUUCUUAUUUAUUAAUUUGUUUUUUUUUUUCUCAUCACGCUUGGUAAUUAAGAGACAGGUGAUUUCACGUACGUGUGAGGUCAUCGGUUAAAACCUAACAUCCGUUGUACGGGCCAAGCCUUCUUCGUCGAUGAUAAAUUUCUUCGUAGUUGAGGAGGUCGUCGCGAAGAUGAGUUAAAAGAAAGUAGCUAUAUAACUGCACGUGGACGUAAAGUUGAGAAUGCGUUGGGCAACCGUGUGUAGAGUAUUGAAAUCAAACGAAUAAAGAAGGGACAACCGCGUAACGAACGGUACAAUAAUUUGUUGUUUUUUUUUUUCUUCAUUUUCUUUUCUCUAAACAUUCGUCGAAGAUUCCUGAGAUUCUCGUACACGAAGAUGCUAAUCUACGGGGAUGAAUAUUAACAAUGAUUUGUACAUCUAUUGUUCCGCAAGUAUAUACACGCCUCAUAUGAUACCCAAAUGGAUACCGUGCCUUAAAACGCCCAUAUUCAGUUUUCUGAGCGUUUGUAUCAUAUCGGUGCUUCUUAAGAUUUUAAAAUAACAAUGGAGAGUAAUUUGAAUGAAAAAAAAAAUCAACCGCUCCAAUAACCCGCAUAGAAGCGAAUAUAAUUAACCCACGAGAUGUAAUAAGUUAACUCGAGAAGAGAAAAAAAAAAAUUAGAAGCCCACAGAAUUUACGCCGUAGAAAGUAAUUUUUCAAUGAAUUUAAAACUGAUGUAACAUACGAUGAGCCACGAUGAGGUUAAUCAUUACUCGCGCUCGGUGAACGAUUUCAAUGUCAUCGAAGAACCGGAUUCGCACCUUGACCUCCGAAAAAUGGAAUACCUCCCCGCCGGAGUCGAUCAAUCAGCGUCAAUAUGGAGAGAAGCCGGAAACCGCGAAGAAACUAACGCUAGUCGAACAAAAAAUCGAAACUCUGAUUACGCUGAACCGUUUGGAUCGACGGUGAGCACGGACGAUAUGAGGAAUUCGGUGUCAUUAUCCGCUGAUUACGCCGUACCAGGCGUUAAUAUCGGAUCAGAAAAAUUUCCACAACGAUUCGACGCUUCCAAGACUUUUGACCCGUUUAUCGACGAUCAAGGUUACGCUAUCCCCAAAGCUAUGGUGACGAAAACCGAGAAGGUCUGCCCGUGUGCCCCUAGACAGGACUUUGUCGAAUGGCACUACAAAACUACGAAGUCCGUUUUGAGAAUGAUGCAAAGUUCGGUGUCGACCGGUUCCAUGGUCAGCGAUGAAUCCUGGAGCGUUGUUACCGACUUGUUGCACCAGGAUUCCGAUGACGUCAGUUGCCAAUCCUUCGAAGAAUAUCUUAUCCUUGAUAGCCCGAGUGACGACGACAGUUACGCACGUAGACAACAAGGAUUUCGAACGAGUAAUCCUGCAUCGAAAAAUUCAACGUUCCAUAAAUCGACGAGAAAAAGGAUGAAAACGAUACCGGAUACUCUAACAGAUAUUUGCAUCAGAAUUCUAAUGGAAAAUCCCCAAGUUUUCACCCUGACGAAUUUGAAUGGGGUGAGACCACGCCAGGACCUCGGACAAAAUGGAGUCGAGGAUAUGAUCCAACUGUCAGACCUGAACGAGGCGUCGUUACUAUGGAAUUUGAAAAUUCGCUACGACAAAGAAUUGAUAUACACGUACACGGGCAGUAUACUCGUUGCGGUGAAUCCCUACAAAAUGUUCGACAUCUACGGCCUUGACCAGGUCAAAUUGUACGAAGGACGAAUCCUGGGAACUCUAGCACCUCACUUGUUCGCCAUCGGGUCUUCGGCUUACAGUCAAGUAUCGGCGGCGAAUAACGCCAGUGCGAAUCAGGUGGUUGUGAUAUCGGGAGAAUCUGGAUCGGGUAAAACUGAAUCGACGAAAUUAGUCAUGCAAUAUUUGGCAGCGGUGAACAGAGCACCGAGUAAUCUCGUGACCGAACAAAUUCUCGAAGCUGCACCUCUUCUGGAAAGUUUCGGAAACGCGAAAACACCGAGAAACGAUAACAGUAGUAGAUUCGGAAAGUAUCUGGAGGUUCAUUUCAGAGACGGCGUUAUAGUGGGGGGCAGAGUGACACAAUAUCUUCUCGAAAAGAGCAGAAUAGUAACGCAAGCAUCGGAGGAAAGAAAUUAUCACGUGUUUUAUGAACUGUUGGCCGGUCUGGAUCAACAACUUCGCGACAAGUACGGGCUUCUUACGCCUGACAAAUAUUUCUACCUGAAUCAGGGUGGCAGCUGCGAAAUCGAUGGAAAAAAUGACACGCAGGAUUUCAAAGCCCUACUUUCAGCGAUGCAAGUAUUAGGUUUCACCUCCGAAGAACAAGACACGAUAUUCCGAAUACUGGGAAGCGUAUUGCACUUGGGUAACGUGUAUUUUCACCGGAAGCAACUGAGACACGGUCAAGAAGGUGUCGAGGUCGGAUCGGACGCUGAAAUUCGAUGGGCUGCACAUUUGCUCCAAGUUAACGCCGACGGGAUAAUCAGAGCGCUCACCACUAAAACUACCGAAGCGAGAAACGAACGAGUCGUGACCGCCCUCAACAUUGACCAAGCUCUGGACGCUCGAGACGCGUUUGCCAAAGCGUUGUACAGUUCGUUGUUCGCUUGGUUAGUAGCAAGGGUGAAUCACAUCGUUUACAAGGGAACGAAGCAGACCUCCGCCAUAUCAAUCCUCGAUAUUUUCGGUUUUGAGAAUUUCUCCGAGAACAGUUUCGAACAAUUGUGCAUCAACUAUGCCAACGAGAAUCUACACUUUUAUUUCAACAAGCACAUAUUCAAACUCGAACAACAGGAAUACGCUAAGGAAAAAAUUGACUGGACUACAAUUAAUUACACCGACAAUCUACCGGUGAUAAACUUGAUAGCCAAAAAACCUGUGGGAAUAUUGCACCUGCUGGACGACGAGAGUAAUUUCCCCAAGGCCAGCGAUUUGUCGUUUUUGGAAAAGUGCCAUUACAAUCACGCGCUGAGUGAAUUGUACUCGAGACCGAGGAUGAAUUCGGCCGAAUUCGCGAUAAAACAUUACGCCGGUCAAGUCUGGUACAACGUCGACGGCUUCCUCGACAAAAAUAGGGACACUCUGAGGCCAGACGUCGUAGAGUUGCUCAUCAGCAGUAAAAUACUCAUGGUCAGCAAGAUGUUCCAGCACGUAAGAACUACCCACGAAGCUAACAAAACUAUGAACAAACCGAACGGUAGAUUCGUCACGAUGAAACCGCGGACCCCGACCGUGUCAGCAAGAUUCCACGAUAGUUUGCAACAGCUUUUAGAUCUAAUGUCGCAAUGCAAUCCUUGGUUCGUACGUUGCAUAAAACCGAAUACCGAAAAAGCCCCGAUGAAAUACGACAUGCCUUGCGUGUUGGAGCAACUGCGUUACACGGGAAUGUUGGAAACAAUUCGAAUCCGUAAAACUGGAUACCCCGUGCGACUUUUGUUCAGUCACUUUGUGGACCGUUACAGAUACCUCGUGCAAAAUACGAACCUUCCACGAGGAGCGCCAAACAAGGAAUUGUGCAGAAUGAUUCUGGACAAAGCAGCGCCCCAGGAAUCGCACACGCAAUAUCAGCUGGGUUUGACGAGAGUUUUCCUUCGGGAAUCCCUCGAAAGAACACUGGAGUAUAACAGAGCACUGAUUCUCGAGAGGGCGGCGAUAACGGUUCAGAGAUACACGAGAGGUUUUCUCGCACGUAGAAGAUUUUUGAAUAUUUCCAGAAGCACCGUGCUUCUGCAAGCCGUUUACCGCGGUUAUAGAGAGAGGACGAAGUACAGAGCUCUGAAGAAGGGUGUCGUAAUGGCGCAAAAAUUGCACAGGGGUAGGAAAGAGAGGGCGAAAUUCAGGGUGUUGAAAGCGGAGAUGCAGAAGAGAGCGGAAAUCGAAAAAGCUAGCCGAGAAAGAGCGAAGGCGAAACAACAACGAGAAGAACAGGAGAGAGCAUCGAGAGCUGUUGCAGGCGUAAACCAUCUCGAAAUUCCAGCCGAACUCGCUUUCAUUUACAGCAAAUUGGACGAUUGGCAACCUACGCAUACGGAGAGAAAUUUAUUGAAAGUCGUCGGUCCGGUGGUACCGCAACCCCAUAAUUAUCGUCUACCGGUGGACAUCGAUCAGCACCAGUUUUCAAAGUUCACCAAUAUAUAUUUCAAAAGUCAUAUUUUUGGCAUGAAACGGGAGCCGAUAAAAACGCCAUUUUUGGCGAAGGCUCGCGAUCAAGACUACACGGAUUCACUGAUGAUAUUUAAAAUGCUGUUACGAUUUAUGAACGAGAAUAAUCUUAGCGGGAAGCGGGAGCAAGCGUUGGGCGAUUACAUAGUGAACAAGGGUAUAGUGAACGAGAAAUUGCGCGAUGAAAUUUUGUGCCAACUCGCCAAUCAGACCUGGAAAAAUGACAACGACGCCAACAAAGAAAGAGGGUGGCUUUUGCUGGCCAAUUGUCUCUCUGCUUUUCAACCUAGUCCAACAUUAUUCAAGUAUCUCCUCAAGUACGUUUCGGACCACGCUUACGAUGGCUAUAAGGCGUACUGUCAGCGUAAAUUACUUCAGAGCGAAAGAACUGUGCUUAGAAUAACGAACAAUAAUCAGUCUACGAGUUACCAAGUCGCUAGAAAUUAUCCACCUUGCGUUCUCGAGUGGCGAGCGAAUAGAAACAGAGUGAACAUGGCGCUUUGCGUUGGAUUUUACGACGGCGAAACGACCACCUGUGCCGUCGAUUCUUGGACGUCGUGCGAGGAGCUGGCUAAUCUGGCGGUACAAAAUCAUGGCGUCGAUAAUACCGGGUGGACUAUCACCCUGUGGAAUCAAUUGGACGGACUAGAUGCUAUCGUCACCGAAACCAGCGGAUUCGAUUACGUUUUAGAUCUGAUUUCCGAAAUGGAAUUAACCCCGGCUUUCCCAUCGGCGAAGAACAUAUUCAUGGAACAACGUAAAAAUAGCUUCCCAGCCAUAAAGAAAAGAGAACAUGCUCAAGUGUUGCGUGAAUUGGAACAGGAGCUCGAACCCCCGGUGCUGAAGACCUUCCAGCCGUUGGAACGAAAGCCGGCCCCGAAGGUCGUCGAUAAGCCGGUAGAAACCGAAAUUCAGUCUCCGAGAAGACCCGCUGUUCCUCCGCCGCAGCCACCAGUGGCGAAAACUGCUCAAACGAGAAAGCAAUCGCACGAGGGUAUUUUGGAAACCUCAGAGUCCGGACUGUCGCGUAAAUCGGCACUGAACGAUCGUUACUUUGAAAAAGACAAGCAGCGAAGCCGAAGUUUGGAUAAUUUACUUCAACCGGACGCGGUGACACCGCCGAGCAAGUUGGCGAACCUUGGAUUGUCGGCGUCCAAAUUGAACGAACGUUACCACAGCUUGGAGAGAAUUGGAGAAACUUCGGCAGUAACGAACGUAGAGUAUAUGAGCAGGGCUGAGAUUAUUCAGGAGCGAAAAUACAGUCGCGUGAGCCGAACGACGGAGCCUAAUAUCCUGGAAGAAGAAGACAUGACCAUCGAUUUCGAAUAUCCAGACAUUCAAUCGGUCAGUCAAACUGGAAGAUCGGAGGACGACAAGAGCAGCUAUAUAAGGUCGCAGACGAGGUUCAUCAAAUCGCAAUAUCCAGGCAAACGCGCUUUCCCCGGGAGUCAAUCGAGCCGAGCUUACAUCGAAAAAAGUGAAUACGGAGGUGUUAAAUCAUCGGCAAUGUCGGAUACAAGCGAAGCACCUUCUCUCGCUUCUCACGUACGACGAGUUCGGGUACCGAGUCAAGCCUCUGACGUCGAUCAAUUUUUGGACGAACUUUUCAUGCCGGUUUUAGACGGUAAUUUGGACGAGUUGUCGGACGCGAGAAGUUUGGCCGCCAGUAUCAAAGGUUUGGGCGAUAGAAAGCACGGAAAUGAAACGUUGGACGAUGUGGAAGACUUCGUAGAUUGGGUGACCAACGAUGAUUCGAUGAAACGCGUUAUCGAUUCGAUAACGUCCGCGAAUAUUAGCUCGCGAAUCAAGGGCGGCGGUAAUAUGGACAUUCCGAAUCAAAACGGGGCGUUCAAUUUCAACCCCAUGUCACCCGGAGGGAUGAUGUCGCCGCCCAUGAUGAUGCCGAUGUUCGGUCCGACUCAGGGUGUUCAAAAUCCGCAAAAUCCUGGAAUGAAUUCCGGAUUUAUGCCGAUACCAAUUUAUAAUAUGCAAGGACUCAGUUUACCCCAUUAUCCGAAUUCCCCGCCUACCGCGCAAAAUAACGACAUGGCCGCUUAUCAGCAGAAUUUGCAGAGAGCAUUUUUGCAAAGUGCUAUGGCACAAAAUAUUCAGAUUCAGCAACAAUUACUCGCCCAGAACCAGGCCCUCCAACAACUACUGGUACAGAGUCCUCAAAACGCUAAUCAACAGCCGGGCAUGCCUUCUACUCUGACGUACCCUGCGGCCCCUUUGGGCAUGUCUCUAGCCCCCCCAGCCCCAAACAAUCAUAACGAAAUGAUUAAAAUGAACGAAAUGGGCCCCAAUGACUCUAUCGGACGCUAUUCCAAGGUAUCAUUCCGGGAGCCGGAAGACGGCGAGCUAUGGUCAACGGAAAAACGUGCGAUGCCUGCUCAGUCAACGCCGAUCGGAAAUCGUUUGGAAACUGUGACCGUCAAGGCGCAAGUUCAUCGGUCUCAAAGUCCGCCGAGAAAGCCGAUCGGUAACCAAGAAAAUCGUAAGAUCAGCAACGAUUACGGGGUGCGAAAGUUGAGCGUCGAAAGAAAAAUUACGGAGAGAAAAAUAUCAGCGUCCUCCGACCCCCGCAGGACUAGCGUUAACAAGGGAAACGUGCAGACGAACUUUACCAACGUACUCAGCGAGCUUAAAAAUCGCAAAAGCAGCGUCGAAAGCAACAUGUCCAACUCGAGCAACAGCAAGGGUGUUCCACCACCACCGCCGAUGCCGCCACCUUUGGAACUUCACGAUCCUUCGGAGUCCCGGCCGUUCCUUGAUCCCUACGGAAGAGCCAAGACGGUCAGAAUCGGAAAAUGGAGAUGGCCUCCGCCGAGCGAUGCGACCGAAGCCCAAAUUCAAGAUAGUUUUAUAGAAUUCAAAAUGAGACAGCAACAUCAGCAGCGAAAAAUUACACCACAGUAUCAGGAAUACCAGGACGAAGGCGAUGCCUCACCCGAGGGUGGAGUGGAAUGGGAAGAAUUUGAAAUUGAAAAUACUACCGCUGAAGAGAGGGGCUCCGGUAACCAAAACGCUUCGAGUCCUUCGAGGCACGAAGACGGACACAAAGACGAAGGGGAUAGAAAGAAGAAGAAGUCGAAGUCGGGCUUUGAAAUCGGAGCACAGCGUCCGUCCCCGGGGAGCAUAGGGAAGCUGAAACUUAGUUCGGAGAUGAGACAACGACUGGAAAAAGUUACGGCUAAUCACAGCGUCCGGUCUACAAAAACUACGGAAAAACCUGCGUUGCCCAGGGAAGACGGGAAGGUCAAGAGAUUGGAGGAUAACAGAAAAUUAUUGCUCGAACAGCAGCUAGGUGGAAGAUGGGACGAUUACGCAUCGACGACGGCCGACGACGCUCAGAGUGUGACGUCGAAAGGGACGACGGACAUGAUGACUCAGGCUCAGGUAGUUCGAAGUCAAAUAGAAAGAAUGGAAAGACCGGCACCGCCGCCACCUCCGGUUACACCCCCCGAACCACCAAGUCCAAGAGGUGGAAGCAUGUACAGUCAUAGCCAAUCUGGAGUACCUCAGCCGAGGUCUCCGCCCGCUCCGGUGGAGCCUAAAAACCGCGACGUGUUCCGCGGUUCCCCCGAAUCGGACAUGUUCGAUCACUCGCCGAAAAAUCAGCGCGACAUGUUCAGCCAGAGCAGAGAUUUGUUCGCGUCGCAACAGCACCUCAGGGAAACUCACGAGUACAGAAGUCAGUAUGAAAACGGUAAAAACUUUUACGGGAAGGACAGCACCGACAUGGCAAGUUCUACACGCGACAAUAGGAGCGCAGAUUUUGACUCUAGAAAGGACGUUAGUUCGGACAUUUUUGAACCAGCUUCGCCAAAGAGUCCGUACGGAAGGGACGUGUAUUCCACCGGGAGAGAUAUAUUUGACAGCGCGAAUGCGAAGAGAGAUUCCUUCGGCAUGAUGAGAGACGUCUCGCCGAAAUCCAGAGACAGUUUCGGAAUGCCCUCGUCGCGAGAUUUCGGCGUGGUCCCGAACACCAGAGAUUCCUUCGCCGUUCAACGCCAGGGAUACAAACGUCUGGAUCGCGAGGCGGAGAGAAGAUCCAGCGUGGCUUCGACUCAUCAUACGGAUAAAAUGGAGAGAAUCGAGAUAGAAGAAUGGCCGGAAUUUUUGAAGCCAGUUCUACCGCCGGUCGAUAAACCGGAGAUCGAAAAAGCCCAGGAAGUUGGCGACACCAAAUUGUUCCCUCAAAGUUCGAACGCCCAUUUUACUUACAAUCGUGUCACUUGGACAUUGAGAGUCAAGAAGGAGGUGUUCGCGCCGAAUGAAAAUCUGACGAGCCCUCUAGCUCUUCACCUCGUAUUCUGCCAAGUAGCCUACGACGUACUCGCCACUUCGAGUAUCAGGAUAAACAAGGAAGACAGACAAAAUAUGCUGAAAAUGCUCGACAACUAUGGAAUCACAUUGGAAAAUCUCCAAAGCACACAGCAUAAAAUUACCAUAAAAAAGAACGUCGUUGACAUGGCGAAACAGUGGCCGAUAUACUUCGCCAGGAUAUUUCCUGUCUCGAUCGGACCUCAGCAUCCCGAGGCCCAACACGUCGCCGUUUCUCACCAUGGGCUGAGGUUGCUGAAGCGAGCGCCCAGCGGUGAUUUGAAAAUCCUGGAAACUCUUCUUCUCGAAGAUAUCGUCGCCGUCGGACCAACCAGAUCUGGGGUGUGCAGUCUCCAGCUUUCCUCCGGCGUCAGACUUCCGCUUCACACAAGCAGAGCACCGCAGCUCGGAGAGAUGAUCAACAAAUACGUGAGAUCGAUCGAGAAGAAACCGACGCACAAAACUGCCCAUCACGAAAACCACGUGUCGCAAAUAACGAAGUCGAUCCAAGCGCAAGCUAGUCACGGGAAUACUCAUCAAACCGCUGCUCAACUGACCAGUCAAGGAAUCAACCAGCUCAAUAACCACAACCAUAAUCACGCGCCAGUUGUCACGAAUCACGUGUCGAACCACAUGGUCUCAACGAAUCACGUUAAUCACGUUAACCAGGUGAACCAUCAGAACAAUCAUCAGAACAAUCAGCCUAAGAACAACAGCCACAGUCAGGAGUGGCGCCAACAACACGAAGAACCCGGAAGACUUCAGGAAGAAAGCAUAUACGAAAGCGGAUCACCCGUGGUCAACGAUGGAAAACAUUCUUUACUGCAAUACGCGAUGCUCAACUUCCGGCAGAGUACGGAAAAAUUCGAGAUGCUCAAGACCGCGGACGGAUCGAUAAGCGGUUCGUUAAAGGUGAUCGAGUCACUGAAAAACAAGAAAAAGAACAAAAAAGGUAAAGGGCAACAGGACGGAGCGGAAUGGACUUGGAAAGAACAAGUCGAUCUGGUAAAAUACUCCCCGGUACCGAUUGAGCAAAGUUUACUGCGACUUGAUCCUGAACUCAGCACCUUGGCCGUCGAGUGUUUCCUGUGUCUAAUGCGAUAUAUGGGAGACCAACCGCUCCCACCGGAUAUGAGCGAAGUGAAAUGCGUCUACACGAUUUUAAUGCAUUGUCACAAACUGGAGCUUUUGAGGGACGAAGUUUACUGCCAGCUCAUGAAGCAAACUACGAACAACAAGAGCCCGAAUCCUGACAGUUGUCAACGGGGCUGGAGAUUGUUCAGUAUAGUCGCCGCCUAUUUCACUUGUAGCGAGGGUUUGAGACCUUAUCUAAUAAAAUACUUGGAGACAGCGGCGUACGACAAGCGAAGAGCUUUCCACGGCACUGCGACCGUUUGUCUACAAAAUUUGAGAAAAACCGUGAAAUACGGGGGCAGAAAAAAUGUUCCGAGUGUCGAAGAGAUAAUGGCGAUUAGCGCCGGAAGAAACGCCAAACGACAGAUUUACAGACUACCUGGAGGAACGGAGAGGGUCAUCAACACAAAGUGUACCACAGUCGUGCAGGAUGUAAUUGAGGAAAUGUGCAGUGUAAUUUCCGUUAGAAAUCCCCAUGAAAUGGACGAGUUUUCACUUUAUUGUAUCGUCGAUGGUGACGCAUUCACCAUGCCAUUGGCCAGGGACGAAUACAUAUUGGACGUUACGACGGAGUUGCACAAAAAUCAUCAAGUUUUCUAUCUGAUAUUCUGCAGAUCCGUUUGGUACUACCCAUUGAGAUUAGACGCUGCGUUGUACAUAGAAGUUGUGUUUAAUCAAAUCGCCCCUGAUUAUCUGGAGGGGUUGUUGUUAGUCAUACCAGGAGAUCAUCUACCGCAGGAGAUUAUAUACGACAUGGCCCAAAACGCGGCACUUUUGCACAAAGCUGCGGACAUGACGCAUGAGCCAACGACUAAGGAAAUAAAAUAUUUGCUACCGAAACCCGCGCUUAGUCUCAGAGAACCUCGACCUCAGCAGUGGGGAAAUAUGGUACAGCAAGCCUGGAGUAACGUACAACACAAUACCGCGGCCGGUUGUAAGGCGCAAGUACUCGAAAUAUUAUCCAAAUGGCCGUUAUUCGGGUCCAGUUUCUUCGCCGUGAAACGAGUGACGGAAGGCAAGGAGAAAGGUGGGGACCAUAUCCUAGCCCUGAACAGGCACGGAGUUCAUUUUAUUGACUUAGUGACCCACGAAACAUUGUACCACUAUCCGUAUUCUGAGGUGAUAUCAACGCGGAAAGUAAAAUCCGAAGAAGGAACUUUAUACCUUGAUAUGAAAUGCGGUAAUUUGAUGCAGCAGAGAAUAACUAGGCUCCAAACUGAACAGGCCCAUGAAAUAUCGCGAUUAAUCAGACAGUACAUUACAAUGGAACAAAGAAUGACCAACGCCCAGGGAGCCAGCGUUGGUUUUGGUUCGAGAUAAUAAAAAAAAGUCUGCAGCAAAUAUCUGAGGAUCGUUUAAAAGUCACAAGAUAUACAUAAAUACAAUACUACUUUUUUUCAUGUUUAACGUUAUUAUUUAUUCUACCUUAAAAAAAUUGUACUCAAAAUACUACAGAGAGUAUUGGAAUUGUUAAUCAUAGCACGCAACAUUUAAUAAUAGAAAGAGAAAAAAAAAACGUAAAAAUUCAAUUUAGAUCAAAAAUAGACGAGUCUAUUUUGGUUUAUAGUUUCUACGGAUGUUUAGCAGUUUCUAGUAUAUACUCUUUUUUCAUAAUUUUUUUAUUAAUACUUCAUACACUGUAAAUACAUUGGUUACGCUAUGAAAAUUGAGAACGUAGUCGUGUUAUCCUAAGAAAAUAUUAAAUAAUUAUCCAUGCUUAUUAGAAACUACGUGGGAGUUAACUAAUCAUCUCAUGAAUGGAUACAACGAUUGCGCCAAAUCCGAGUGUAAAUUUCAAGCACACUACACAAUAGGUAGAUUUAUUAAUGAAUUAAGAAUCGUAGAUUUUACUUUUCUGAUAUUAAAACUCACAUGCGCACAUAUCAAGACUCGGAGCGAGGAAGGGAGAGGGCGUGGAAAAUGCUCAAGUAAUUAGCAUUUAUAAGUAAUUAUAAUUAUCUUUUUUUUUUACUGUAAAUACGAGUAUUGAAAAAAAAAAAAAAAGAAAGUAAGAAAGAAGAGCUGGAGAUCCAGAAUGGAAUUUUGUCUAGAGUUGAACAACUUUGAACAUUCAUCGAUGAUAUACCAGCCAAUCGUACGUUUAAUAAAUUUUAGCAAUUUUAAAGAUCACGCAACACGUACGUUGUGAAUUUUAGGUACUUGAAUGGAUUUGUAUAUUUAUAAAUUGUAUAAUAAGCUAAAUACAAAUGAUAGUAAUCCGAAAAAUACAUAGCGAUAUAUAACGAAAAAAAAAAAAAAGUUGCAUUACAUACUACACGUAAUUAUAUGAUUAAUAUAACAAUAUAAUUUUAACAGCUAAGUACCUAACACGUCGUUAAAAAAUAUACAAUACACAUAUUAUUAAUAUUAACACACGAUUAUUAUUUUUUAUAACAUUUAUAUAUAUAUAUGAAGAAAGAAAAAAACAUCGAACGUUUUAACAAAUUGUGUACCAAACGAAGGCCUACGUCAUUAAUUCAAACGAUAUAUCCUUGAAUUUCCUUUACGUAAUAUAGUGUACAACUUUCAUUUUUAUUGGAUCGAACUGGCGCAUACAACGGAAGAAGAGAAAUUAUUAUGUAUUUUAUUAUUUAAGUAUCGUUAUUAAUAAUAUCGUUAACAUAAGCUUUACGUGAUCGUGUCUGCGUAGAUUAACUUGAAGCCUUGAUUUUAUAGGAAAUUUUUGUUUUUUUUCUCAUUAAACAUUAUCGUUACACAUCGUUCGUAUGAUCAAGCAAAUGAAAAUUGGGGAAAAGAAAAAUGGAUAAGUAGGGAAAUUAUUUGUGACCGAAUUAUCUACAAUCUAAAGAUACAUAGGUGUGAUGUUGCAAUAAUUAUCGCGUAUUAUACACGAAAUAAAUGUUUGUACAAUGAUAA